AUGGCCGCACACGUGGUGCAACGCUUUCGUGAAUGCCAAAACCUUCUGGACUCGGUUGUGGCUAAUCUCAGUGCCGUUAGCAAUCUUACGUCGCAGCGGAUAGUCGUGGAGGAAGCCACACGCCGUAUUUCUUGUCCCUCACUUUCUUAUGGGGUCAGUGAUAAUGCGUUGCGCUGCUGUACGGAUCCACUUGGUAUACUUCUUGCCUUUCCCGAGUCCACCGUGGAGCUCAUUAUCGCUCAGCACACGGAAGAUGUAAGCACGCUUCUCCGUUCCCUCUCUAAUUCACAGCAGGCGUGGUGCAGUAAGCUGCAACAGGCGAAGGAGGCGUCUUUGCCGCGGAAGUCGCAGCAACAACAACAAGGAGCUUCGAUGAUGACUGCGGCUUCAGCUGCUGGAUUUCAAAUUGAGGAAAAAGAAAGCUCCAAAAAUAUACCACCGUACAGUUCGAAGAUGAUGCUUGGGAUGCAUGCUCUUUUAGCCGUUCUUGCGGAAAUGUAUGGAUGGUUGCAAGAACUUAUUCUUGCCCUCCGCGCCGAUUUGGCAAAUCCGCCACAAGCCGUGCAGCUUUCGCGCUGUUUGAGUGGAUCCUCUUUACAUACGGGGAGUGCCAGAUGCUCCAUCGCAAUCCUCUCGCUGGAAACGGCCCUCGAGCAGCUUCCAAGCAGCGUCAUGAAAGAAUGGGAAGCCUGCAAGGCGCGGCACAUGUUGGAUGAAGCACAGAUUUUGCUUGCGAGCUGA